AUGCCUUCAGACAACCUUACCGAGGGGAGCAAAGUGGGCCCCUUCUUUAUACGAGAUUCGGGAGCUCCGAGCGGAAGCGACAAGUAUAAAACCUUGGUCGUUAUUCACGGGUUCGCGUGGACUAGUGGGACAUUCGCCCGCAUUUUCCCCAUCGCCCCCAACUUCAACACUCGUCUUAUUCUCGUCAGUCGACGCGACUAUCCUGGAUCGGCAUCGUUGAGCGAGGCCGAUCGAGAACUACUAGCUUCUUGUGGCUCAAGUUCGACACAAGCUGCUCAGAAUAUUCGACAAUACAUGAAAGGUCAGGCUCGGGAGUUGCACGACUUCCUUUGUGAAUUGGCCACCACAAGGUCUCUCCCGAGGGCUUCAAAGGAUAGCGGUAUAAUAUUGGUUGGAUGGUCAUUUGGAGGAGUCUGGAUUACAGCGCUACUCGCGCAUCUGGAGACGUUUGAGGCAGACGCUAUGGUCCUCGGGACACACAUCCGAAAGUUUAUCUUACUAGAUCCACCCUACUAUGUGUUUGGCUUCCCGCACUGCCCAGGACUACAUACUCCCGUCGACGAUCCUUCUCUUUCGCCAGGUGAAGGGUUAUCUAAGUUCCCCGAAUGGGUCUCAGCCUUUUACUCCCACUCUAUUCCUCCUGCAUUUCUUUCAUCUCCAUCAGCCAACCCCGACCUUGAAUAUAGCACAACCGCGCUCUCCGAUCCUCCCGCUACAUUUAGCACCUUAUCUGCCAAGGAGAUAGAGGACGUGAUCUCUGUUGGACCGGCCUUACCCGAAGGAUCGGAUGGAAUUCUCUUCGAAGCUGGGCACCGACUAGGACUAUUUGAGGAGUUGAGAAAGGAAGCGCUUUACUCUGCGGCUCCCGAUCGUACGAAGGGGUAUCUGGUAGGUAACGAAGCGCUAGAGGAGAAGGAAAUCAGGUGGUGGCAGAAACUCGAGGUUCGAGUGAUCUGGUGUGAUCAAUCGCCGUGGGUGUUUCCGUGGGGCAUUCAGGCUUUGUAUAAGGAGCUGGAGGAUGCGAAGGCGGAAGGUCGUGCGAGGGCUGGAGAGGUAAAGAUCGUGAGGAUGAAGGGGGCGAACCAUUUCCCGCAUUGGGAGGACCCUCAGCGAGCUUUGCGCGCUCUCUUAGCUGAAGAUAGCACGCAAGAACUGUGA